AAAACACAAAUUAAAUGUGUAUCUUAAGCACCUUUUACGCACAAACUCAACAUGUGAUCCACUAACCCACAUUCAUUUUUAAAAAAGUACUUUCAAGCAUAUAGAAACCUUCCCGUUCCAGCGUUGCUGGUUGAGUCUUUUCUGUUUACACUCCUCAGCCUGGUUUCUCUCUCUACUAUGUACUCUACAUGCUGCAGGACUGCUAGUAUUGUUGGGCAGAGUGAUUGGGGUUGCUGUACAAUCUCCCGUGACCAAUGAGCGGGGUGCUGUCAGGGGUAACCACAUCUGUCAACCGUUCUUGGCCAAUAAAGAGCGGAGCGAGGCGGACCACAGGUGCGCGCCUCUGCGUCCCCUUGGCACAGCGCCGGGGAGAUGCUGGUGAGAGACGCCUCGCUGCCCCGUGGCGCAAAAGAGUUCCUGUCAAAGGCAGCCUCCUUUUAACUCUAGUUAUCACUCUGGCUGCGAGAGUUAUGGCGACUGCAACGUCCAACCACUACAGCGUCCUUAGCACCCCCAGCAGCGCGCCGCCGCCACACUCGGAGUCCGGGAGCAUGCAGCAGGCGGCAGCGUACAGGGACGCGCACAGCCUGCUCCAGAACGACUACAGCUCGUUACCGGGCGGCGGACAUCCUCUCAGCCACGCGCACCAGUGGAUAACGGCACUGUCUCACGGUGACGGCGGGGCGCCCUGGCCAUCUAGUCCCAUCGGAGAGCAGGACGUGAAGCCCGUGCUGCACGACAGUGACCGAGAGGAGCUGCAGAACUCCAGCAGUCUGCAGCAGCAGCAGCAGCAACAGCGACACCCUCACCUCGCGCACCAACAGGCACAUCACGACGCCAGAGCAUGGCGAACGAGCACCGCCACCACGCACAUCCCCGGUAUGGCGACUUCUGAGGGCCAGAGCCUGGUCUACUCCCAAUCCGGUUUCGGUCUGAUGCCGGGGGGAGAGCAAGGGGGGAUGCACCACCACCCCCUGCGGGACGAGGACCACCACAGCCACAGCCCGCACCUCAGUGAUCACGGAGGCGGCCCCGGGGCCCAUCAGCAGUCUCUGUCACACCACCACCAGCACGGGGGCCACCAGGACCAGUCAGACGAGGACACACCGACCUCUGAUGAGUUGGAGCAGUUUGCCAAGCAGUUCAAGCAACGCCGCAUCAAGCUGGGCUUCACGCAGGCGGACGUGGGUCUGGCUCUGGGGACGUUGUAUGGAAACGUGUUUUCUCAGACCACCAUUUGCAGGUUUGAGGCGCUGCAGCUGAGCUUCAAAAACAUGUGUAAACUCAAGCCCUUGUUGAACAAGUGGCUGGAGGAGGCGGACUCCACCUCGGGGAGCCCCACGAGCCUGGAUAAAAUCGCGGCACAGGGGAGGAAAAGGAAAAAGAGGACCUCCAUUGAGGUGGGCGUGAAAGGGGCUUUGGAGAGCCAUUUUCUGAAAUGUCCAAAACCAGGAGCUGCGGAGAUCAACUCCCUUGCGGACAGCCUGCAGCUUGAGAAGGAGGUGGUGCGGGUUUGGUUUUGUAACAGGAGGCAGAAGGAGAAGAGGAUGACACCCGCGGGAGGACAGAUACCAGGAGGGGAGGACAUGUACGGGGACUCCCCUCCUCACCAUGGAGGACAAACUCCUGUGCAGUGACCUCCCCCCAAAAGUCCAUUAUACUGAGACAACAAGGACAUCUUAAGGAGGAGGUUUCAAGCCUCUAUUAUAGUUUGUCUGUGCUGGACUGCGCAGAACUGGACCUCAGUCAAGCUAAAUGUUGGACCCACGGACACACACACACACACACAGUGGGACACACACACAGUGGGGAUCUACAGUGGCACUCCAACACUGAAAAUACGCAGAGUAGUGAGCUGUGAGGAGGUUUCAUGCCGCGGGACUGCCAAGCAUACUGGGAGACGUCUGGUGUGUGCUAACCAAAAGAAGAAAAAAAAAAAAUAUCGAACGCUUUUCUGUACGUUUCCCCAAGGCGUCAUUAUUUAACGCGUCAUGAAAGAAAAGGCAUUAAAGAGGCUGGUGUGGGCACGAGGUGUCCUACUAGGGGGUGGAUAUUUAAAAAUACAAGCUCGUGGCUCGAGGAGAAGUCGCAGUCAGUGUGGGUAAAUAAACGCCAUCUUUCCAUCAUAACAAAAGCAACAGGGGUUCUGCUCAGCGCGUGGCACGAGAGGCUGAAAUGGCAGACACCUACUGUACAACGUAAAAAAUACCAGCUAUUAUUAUUUUACUAUUAUUAUUAUUUUUAUUAUUCAUAUUAUUAUUCAUAUUAUAGGCUACCUUUUAGCUGCCUCCAAAAUGUAUGUCCAACUUGCUUUACAUUUUCAGAAUAGCGUUUGUAAUUUAUAAUGAACAAUAAUGAUAUAACAAUAAUAAUGAUAAUAAUAACAAUAAUAAUAGUAAUAAUAAUUUCGUUUCCAUAGAGACUUGUUCUCUUUAUGCUUUCCUUUCUGUGCAGACCUCUCUGUGCUCCUGUUUACAGUCUGUGUUUUUGCUCUUUGUUAUUUCUCUACUUUUCCAAAAUGCUGUGACAAGAAAGACCGAGACUGUCCGAGGCUGGAAAACAAUCCAGCUCAUCUUGCCUUCCUUUAUAAGAAGAAAACAAACUGAAUAUAUUUCCUGGUAUACCAGCUAUGGCCGCAGUGGCUCUACUAUUACUACUGUGUGACUCAUUCAUUCACUGAAGAGACUUUCUGUGGGAUGUAUCUCAAAUCGUUUUUGUAUGGCCUCGUUUGUUUGUUUGUUUGUUUGUUUGUUUGUUUGUUUGUUUCGUUUUCUCUCUGUCAGUCUGUGCCAAAGCACAAACACAGACACGUGUUGUUGGUGCCAUUCAAAUCCUGUGAUUAAUUACAUGAAUUGUUUGAGGGGGAGGUUAUUGAAGGAAAGAGUUGGAGAUUUAUUCUCUGGCUACAAUCUAAUAAAAUUAUAGAAACUCAGAAACUCAAAUCCAACUGAAGGAUGUAGCUGAUGGGAAAGAAAAUAGUUCCUAAUGUUCUUGAACAAAUAAUGUGAAUUUCAUAAACUUUCUGAAUGUAGAAAUAACAGUGGAAAGGAGGAUAAUAUUGAAACUCAUUUUAAUUAGGUCUAUUUUAAAGAAAAUAAAACGUUGAAAAUGUAUCUUAACGAUAUUUGACGUAGGCCUAUUUGUUGUCUAUAGUUUCUUUACUCUAGAUUGUAUUGCAUAAUAAAUUAAACGAGGCCCAGUAUUUAUCUUAUCUUAAAUCCUCGUUUUAAUUCUGAUCACGUCACACAAUCCUUCAGCUGAAUUUUUUUUUUUUGAGUUGGACAAAAAAAAAAAAUCAAUAAAACCAAAAUAUAAUAGCAUUGACCUGAAAUCUGUGAACCAACAAAGAAGAAAAAAGAAAAAUCAACAAUUGCACAAUUUCUACAUGCUUUUUGUCAUUAAAUCGUAUUUGUUUUCUAUAUUA